AUGGGGCGUUGGGAGGUUCGAGUUGUGCGAAGGCUCAUACUGUGGUUGUUGCUAAUUGCGCUAAAAAGAGUUCAAAGUUUGCCGGAUGUCCGGGCGACGUGCCGCACGGUGCCGGGGCUGACGCGGGACCAGCUGGAACUUUGCUAUCGGGCGAGUGACGUGACGGCGUCCGCCAUCGAGGGACUGGAGCUUGGUGUGCGCGAGUGCCAGUACCAGUUUCAGUGGCACCGGUGGAAUUGUUCAUCGCUCAGCACCAAAAGCCGCAAUCCACACACAUCGAGCAUGCUGAAACGAGGCUAUAGAGAGAGUGCAUUUGCGUACGCGAUCGCGGCAGCCGGCGUCACGCACAGUAUCGCACGUGCCUGCGCCCAGGGUCGGCUCAUCUCGUGCGGUUGCGAUCCGUCCGUCAACCGGAAGGGCAUGUCCAAGUCGCUGCGCGAAAGCUUGGAAAAGGAGAAGCUACGCUUCCUGGACGCUAUCGCGGAAAGCAAUAGCGUGUUCGAGGAGGGCGACAGCCUUCGCAAGCUGAAGGCGAAACAGGCCAGCAGAUGGAAAUGGGGCGGCUGCUCGCACAAUAUGGCGUUCGGGGUCGAGUUUUCCGAGCUGUUUCUAGACUCGCGCGAAAAGGGCGCCGACAUACAGUCACAGAUCAACCUGCACAAUAACCGUGCUGGCAGGCGGGCCGUGUCGAACAACAUGCAGGUACGGUGUAAAUGUCACGGAAUGUCCGGUAGCUGUCAGCUGAAGACCUGCUGGAAGUCGGCCCCAGAUUUCCGCGUAGUGGGGCGCGUCCUCAAGCAACAGUACCGUCGCGCGAUCCUUGUCGAUCAAUCGAAUCUCGGCAACGGGCCACCGAUGAUCGUCUACCGCAAGCCAAAGAAACGCAAGCACGUGUCUAAUUUACGCCCGCCAAGAAGGCAACCCCGCGAGCAGCAACUGGUUCCGCUCGGCGGCCGGCUCAGCGGUCCCACCAACCGGAAGCUGGAGAAUGCGCUCUUCUACUACCAAAGAUCACCGAACUUUUGCGAGCGCGAUCAGAUCUCCGACAUACCGGGCACUAUCGGACGACGCUGUAAUCGGACGAGCAGUGGCAGCGAGGGUUGCGCCUCGAUGUGCUGCGGCCGGGGUUACAAUCUGAUCCGCGAGAAGCGCAUCGAUCGGUGCAACUGCAAGUUUCACUGGUGCUGCUUCGUGGAAUGUGACGAUUGUGAAAUCGAGGAGUGGAUCAGCGUGUGCAACUGA